AUGAGUUAAAAUAUGAAUUUAUCAUAAAAUCUUCGUUAUGGAUCUUUUAUAAGAAUAGCUGGCAAAGGGAACAGUGGAACUAAAGGUAUUAUAACUUCCAAAGGGUAACACCAUCAAAUAUUGAUCUGUUAGUUUUUUCGAUCAUGCUGUUUAUUUCUAAACCUAUGAAGAUAUGGAUGAUAUCAAUAAUUUUAGGGACGGAAUCUUUCAAAUAUUGCCUAGAGGAAGUUUUGAAAUUCAUGAUGAAUAUUUGAAAGGAAUGUAAUUAAAUCUCUAAAACCAUAGGGAUAAAUCACCGAGUUUGCAAUAGAGGAUGAAAUCCGAAAAGGAGUAGUAUUUCAACAUGAUAGAUAAUAAAAUGAAUGAAGAAGUCUAUUUCAGGUAUUAAUUUGAAAAAUAUUUUUGUACAGUUCAGAAGUAAUAUUUUAGCAUGUUGAAUCCGGGCAGUAUUUAGCCUGUUCGGAAGAGUGCAGCGAUUCAAGAAGCGAUAGCUUUGGAUUAAAACUAUAAUAAUUUUUAUCCAGCAGAAUUAUAUUCAAGAUGGAGCCGAGUAAAAGUUAUUAACAAACAGGAAGGCCAAUAAUUUCCAAACAAUCUGUCAAAAUCCAAUCGGAUAUAACAAAAUUUUGGAUUGAUAAAAAUAUGAGAUAGCCAGUAUAAUUAGAUCAUAAAUCGACUUAAGCUGGGUUGAAAAUAUAAUUAAAAGGAUUAUAAGAAGAUUCUCACAGAUAUGAAUUGAUUGUUAGCCAUUAUUCUGACAGUGAAUGGAAAAUAUAAUUGUAUGAUAAUUAUGAGAAGCACUAGCUAAAUAAAUUAAAACUAAAAACUAACGAAGUAGUUACUUUUAAAUGUCCUAAAAAUGAAGCAUAUUUAGGAGCUGAUUUGUAAAAUAACACUAUUGUUCUUAAACCAACUUUGCACAACUAAUAAAUACCCGUAGAAUGUUUAUGGGAGUUGCAAUUCUAAGAAAAACCAAAUAGUGAAUUACCAACUAUAACAUUAUAACCGAGAACCUUAGCAGCAAUACGACAUUCAUUUUUAGGAUAAAAUAAUCUAUUUGUACCUAAUGUAAAUCAAUAGUACAAUUAAAAAAAUGCAACAGAAAAUUAACAAUAAAAUUAAUCUAAAUUUAAGAAAAAUAUCUAAAAGUAGUUAAGAUUAAGACAUGUAAUGACUGGCAAAUUGUUAUUUUGUUAAGAUUUAUUUGAUGCUGAUGAUUGUUUUCCAGCAAUACUAUCUGAUGAUUCCUGCACAAUAGGUUUGUAAUUGGCAAAUAGAUAUGAAAGAGAAUUUAUGGAUUUAUCGUAUGUUAAUUUGGUCCGAGAUGAUAAUGUUCUUACAUCUAUUUCAACCAAAUAAUCAAUGAAAACUUCAAGUGAUGUACGCAUUAAGAAAUCAGAUAAAAUACAAGGAACAAAUGGAUUCUUUAAAUAAUUAAUAUAAGAAAAAGAUAGUAUAAAAUGUGGUUUCAGGGAUCGGGCAUUUAGUAAACCAUUUAUUAUUCAAAGAGUCAAAUAAUCAUUUUUUAAAAUAGUCUUACAACCAUUUUCAGCUUAUGGUUAAAUGUUAUAUUUUGUGCAAUAGCUAUAAACAAACCCUUUGAAUUUUCCUUAUGUAAUCCCGCCUGAAAGAAUGUAUUAAAUUUAAUUUUUAUUGAAUCGAUUACAUGAAUAUUUAAUGGAUAAAAUUGAUAUAAGUGAUGAAAAUGCAGAUGAUUUACCUAUUUUUGAAAGAUAAAUAAUUCUCAAAGAACUCUAUUUCAUUGAGAUAUUGGUCGAAUUGCUGUAUCAUUUAUGUUAUAAAAAAGGAACCAAAAAAUUGUAAGUUUGGAGAAAACAAAAGGAAAACAUUUAAACUAUUUUUUCAUCCACAUAUUAAUUAAUGACAAAGCUUAUCUAAAAUAAUAUGGUAACCAAACUUUAUGCAUCUUAAUGGCUUGAGAUGUUCCUGCAUUAAUAUAUGAGUUUAAAUUAACCUGCCAUUCAAACCUUCCUAUCUGAAAUGUUAGAUAAUAAUAAAGAAGCAAUAUAAAAAUUCUUGAAUGAAAAUAUCAUCAAAAAACUCAUAGAACUUAUCACAUAAUAAUCACCUCAUGACAAAUAUCUGAAAAUCUUAAAUGCCAUCUGUGUUUCAAGCAACUAGGCUAUUAGAGAAAAUCAGAAACUAGUUCUAGAAAACUUUUUUAAAGUUGUUGCUCCAAGUAUAGCAUGUUAUUUUAUUAUUAUUUAGAUUUCAAAUUUGAUUUUAAGAUAAAAUAAGGUCAUAUUUACAUUCAAUCAGCAGAAUAAUUAACAUAUUCUAGGUGGUAGAAUUUAGAACAAUUCUACAAAUCCAGUUUGAUGAAUGAUAAUUUAGAAUAUUGGAAUUAUUUUAUUAGUUAUUUUGAUUUAUUGGGAGAUGUAGCGAUGAAUAGAUUUGCAUAAGCUAAAGAGUUCAUUGAUUAAAAUUAUUCAUUGGAAAUAUUUUGUAUGAUCCUACAUGAGGCAUAAUCAUAUCACAUGUUCAACUUAAUGAAACCUUUUUUAAAGUUAAUUCGAUAUGCUUAUAUAGAUACUCCCCCUUACUAAAAGUUUAAGAAAUUAAGAGUUGUUUAAUUUAAAGAUUUACAAGGGGAUUUCAUUGAUCAUUCAACAACAUUACCAAAAACAAGUCCAUUAUUGGACGUAAUGAGGUUUCUAUUAUAGCAAUUAGAAAAUAUAGAUUAAUUACAUAAUAACAUUGAAUAUUCAAAAAACUUAUAAUCAGUCCUCUAAUUACUUAAAUGUUCAAUAGAAAUGCAAUUCUGGGUUGAUAUGGAUUAGAUAAAAGUAAUAUUAACUGCAAUGUAUAACAUUUGCUCAAGUAUUAAGAAUUUUAAAAUGAUUAAAGAUUAAAUGGAAUCGCCAAAUCUUUAACUUAGUUCUAAAAGUAUUAUCUAGCUGAGUAAAUUAUAUCAAUCUGAGGAGAAAGAAACCCACCUUCAUAAAAAAAUUAAAUCAACCAGAUUAAAUGAAACAAAUAAUAUAUUUAUGACAUGCAAGCAAUUAGCCUGUGAAAUAAUUAAUACAAUUUUUGAUCUCGAAAAUAAUAUAAGAGUAUUUACAUGCUCAAAAUCAUUCAAAGAAUAAUUAUUAUAGUUAGAUCUAGUAGAUCCUAAUUUGGCUAAUAUCAAUAAUAAUUAAAAGAGUGUAAAGUCUAGUAUUAACGUAUAGAAAAUGUCCAAAAAGAGCAAUGCUUUUAUUAAAGUGAUUUAAUAAAAGUUCAAAAAUUAAAAUAUCGCUGAAGAGAAAAACCUAUAUGAUAUAACUAAUUGGAUUAAUUAAUUUAGGUAGAUAGUCUCUGAUAGAUCUCUGUCCAAUUUUGAAAAUUUUGAAUUGAUAUUUGCAGAAUUAUCAUUUUACGAAAAUCUCUAUUUACCAAAAUAUUCCCUAGAAAUUCUAUCUAGAGCCUAUGGACAAAGAAAAGAAUUAAUUUAAAAUUUUGAAAAAGUAAUAAUUGUUGUUUCUGGUAAAACUUAAGAACUAAGUCUAUUAACAAAGCAAAUCAUGAAAAAAUUAAAUAUACUUUAUUAAUCAGAAUUCUACACUAUGUAUAAGGAAACAAGCAAUAACAUUAGAACAAGCUUAAUUUGGUAUCAUUCGAAUGAACAUUAGAAGGCUGGCUUGAUGUAAAACCUUUUUCAAUUAGGAUUGUAUUUAAAAAAGGACUUUGAUAAAGGGAGGUCGUUGAAUCCUUUUAAUUUUGAAGAUUAUAAACCGGAAAACAAUUCAACUAUAGCAUUUUGCGAGAGGGAGUAAAAUUAUAAGUUACAUUAAGCAAUAUUAAUAGCUGAAGAAAUUCACAUACCGUUAUUAGAAUAUAUAUAUAAAUUUAAAGCAGAUUAAUCAACUAUCUAUUGGAAAUUCUUACAUUCAAUUUAUGAUUUUUUUACAAUUCUUAUUUGGAAUAAUUAAGAGAAUAAAUAAAUCAUCAUAAAAAACAAAUAGUUGAUGUAAAGCAUAGAGCAACAUCUCAAAUUUAAUAUUGGAGCCAUUGAUUUUUUGAAGGCUUUGUAUGCAAAUAAUAAAUCAUUGUUACUCAGUGAAAGGGAAAUGACAUUUAUUUUGCAAUCCGUUGUGCCAGUUUGCAAUGAAGAGCUCAUCAACAGUUAUUUUAAAUCAAAAACUUUAGACUUUAUUAAAGCUUUAUUGUUAUUUAAUUCUAAUUAUAUCACAUCAAACCAAACUAUAGUGCUUUAGAAAUUACAAGAGAAAUAGUUCAACAAAAUAAUUUUACAAUUUAAUAUUUAUGAUGAUUAAACUCCUGUUUCUCCAGGAGAGAACAAUUUUAGUGACGUCACUUCUUCAUUAGACAGCCAAAUCGACCAAGAGACUAUGAUAUCGGAGUUGGUAAUUAAAAAUUGGAUUAAUUAAUAUCAAAAAAGCUAUGAGAAUAUUGGCUAUGGAUUUCAUGAAUUGUAUAUCUCCCCAGAAUUAACAUAUCUUUACACUUUCUUUUCAUUGUUUAGUCAAUUAAUUGAGGAAAAGCACAUGAUAAAUAUCAAGAAGUGCUUGAAAAUUCAUAAAUUUAAUGAUUUAAUAUUACUGCUACAUUUGGCUUAAGAUUGUUGGCCUUUGAAAAGACAUCUCCGAGCAUACAUUAAUCGAUUGUAUUAUAGUAAAGUAAGCGAUAACUUUGAUUUAAUUAUCAAAAUUGAUUUGGUGAUUAUGAUUGAUGAUUUAUAGAAGAUUAUAGACUAUUUAAUCUUGCCAUAGCAUUCUUAUAUGGCAAUGACAAUUAUUAAAGCUCCCAUUAGAUAUAAGUAUUUAAUGAGUUAUAUAUAUUUAAACUUGGAGGAGAUACUAAUAUCAUUAAAUAGUUUAUUUUUAAACGAAUAGUUUCUUGAGUAUUUGGAAGAAUUAAUACUCUUCAACUAAUAAAAUUCAAUUUAUAGAUUACACUUCUAACUAUUUGAGAUUUGCUAAAAGCUUUUGAUAAUAGAAAAAAUCUAUGUUAAAGAAAACUUGGGUCAUUUGUGUUAAUUACUAUUGGAUGUAUUUUAAAGUAUAAUCUCUGGGUUUGAAACUAAAGUACUAUUGAUGCGAGAAGGCUUGUAUAUAAGUAUGAUUGAGGAAAUGCUAUUAUCCUAAUACAUCAAGGGUUCGGAUCAAAAGGAUCUUACAAAGACUUAGGUGAGUAAAUUAUAGCAAAUUUAAAGAAAUAGAGAGAUCUACAAAUAAUUGUAAUAGAAUAGUCAUGAUUCAUCAGUUAAAUAAUAUUUGGUUCAUUAGGUAUUUUGCUUAGAUUAGUAAUUUGUUAAAGAAAGUAAAUUACAAAGUACUUUAGAAUUUUGGAAAACUUAGUCCAAGUAAAGGUUUAAAUCAUUUAAACAAGACAUGAAUGAUUUAAUUAAUCAUAAGUUAAGAAGAAUUAUGAAUAAUUGGAGCUUCGUCCCUCAAUUUUCAUAGUUUCUAGAUGAAGAAUUUUAUGAAGUAUGCAAUAAGUUAUCUUCAAUUGGCAAGCAAUCUUAAGAUGCUUAUUAAUCAAAAUACGAAGUGACAACACUUUAAGAUUAUAUCUAAAACAUCAUUUCAAUCUGUGGAAAUACUAGAGAAUAACAAUUUUCUGAUGAUAUUAGGAUAUUCUUUUUGAGAUUGCUUAGCAGAUUAAUUACAGAAAAGAAUCUUAGUAAUAAAUAAAAAAUGGUAGAGGUGGAUCUUUGGACAAGUGAGUUUUGGAUCGAUUAUAAAUAAGAAAUAAAUCAUGCUUAGAAUCUACUUGCAAAAUGUGGUGCAUAAGAUUUGAUCUUAUUGAUAUUAUCAGAAAGCUUUUUAGAAAUUAAUUUAUCAUUGUUAAAUGAAUGUCUCUUAUUUUCAAUAGCGUUUUUAUUAGGAGGGAAUACUUAAGCAUAAAAUGCAAUUUUAUUGAAAUUAAAAUAAGAUUCACAAAAUUAGAUUUUAACUAAUAUCAAAAUUAUCAUCACAAAAUUAACUAAGGUAAUUAAUAAUAACUUUUCUAUUGUAACUUAUAACAACACCAAAGGUUGUGAUUUUAUAUAGACAGUCGAUAACUUUGACUUUUAUAAUACUAAUACAAAAGUUAUGCAAAGAGUGAAUGUUGUCGAUCCUGAUGACUUUAAGGAAACGAACUUCAAAAAGCAAUGUUUAGAUGUGUUAUGCAGGUUCUUUAGAGUGAUGCAGUUGUUAUGUGAAAAUAAUAAUAGUGAAAUGAAAGAAUUUUUCAGAAGACAAACUGAUGAUGUAUUUAUAACAUAUAGUUAUUUAGUAAAACAUAGCAAGAAUUAACUCAAUAAAUUUUAUUGAAUUCACUAGUGUGUAAUUAAGAGCAUAUUUAAAAAUAUUGUCUAGAGCCAUCAUUAUUAUCCCUGCAUCAAUACUUGACUUUAUUAAUGAAGUAAUUUAGUUGCCUUGCAUUGAAAAUUAAAUCACUUUAUGUCAUACUACCUUUUUCGAAGAUGUCAGCAAUAUGGCUCAUUUCUUUGCUAAUAAAUCAAAUCAACUUCAAAGAUUGUUUGAUACUGAAGAUGAUUUGUAAGAGUUGUAAGAAUUAUUCAAUAAAAUUCUUCAGACUGUAUUGUUGGUUUUAGAAGGCAAUGAAGAGAAGAUUUAUAAGGAUAUUUAGAACAAAUUAGAAGCCUCGUUUCUUAUUAGCUUCUUAAGUCUAAGUUUUGAAUAACUUAACAUUGAAAACAUCAAUGAUUUAGAAAUGUAUAAGUUUAUUAAUCCUAAAUUUUAGUUAUUUGUUAUAAUAGGAUAAGAUUUUUAAUUCAGAUAUGCUUCGAAUUUUAAACGUAUGCAUUAUCGAACAAAAAAUGGCGUCUUAUUAGCAAAGUCGUUGGAUAUAAUAAUUCCAUGAGCAAUUAAGUGUGAAUCCAAUAAUAAAGGAUAUAUAUGAUAAUCUUAUAGUUUUAGUAAUUUAUUAUUAUAAAAUAGAUUCAUCACAUAGAAAUAGUCUAUGAAGGGAAGUCUAUGACAGUAUUUUUUCCUUAUCAUCCUCUUUUUAACUUAUUAUCUGAAUCAUCAAAACAAGAUCUAUUAUUUUUAAUAAAUAGAGAAACUCAAAGAGAUAAACUGCUGGGUUUGCUUAGUGCAACCAAUAUUUUAUUUUAUGAAUUAGAACACAAUUAUAAGUUAAACCAUUAUAGAAUUCCCAUAACUUAAAAUAAUCUUAAUGUAAUGUAAAAAUUAUCCUCUGUCUUAGCCUUGCUUAUAAAUUUAUCAAUGGUAUGAUUAUAUAUAUUGAAUUAUAGAUCUUUUUCUACACAGUUGUAGUGAAAGGGAAUACAUAUUUGUUAACUUCAACUCUGUACAACUCUUUAAUCAUAAAAAUGCUCUCUGUCAGUUAGCUAUUCUCAUAGAUUAUCUUAUUUAUAAUGGUUAGUUUUCAAAGGAUUCCAAUUUAUCUAUAAAAAAACAGCAAAGGCAAUGACAAAUUAAGUCUUUUAUUAGUGAUCAUUUAGGAGGAUACUUGUUUACUAUUGUUCCUAUUGGUUUUAUUGUCUUUUUUUGGUGCCUUCAUAAAUAGCACAGUAUUUGUGAUCCAUCUUGUUGAAAUAUUUAGUCGAGUAACUAUCUUAAAAAAUGUGUUUUAAGCUAUUAGUUAUAAUGCUAAACAAUUACUGGUUGUGGCAUUCUUAGGAGUACUUUUUGUAUUUGCCUUUUCAGUUAUAAGUUUUAGUGUUUACUUUGAUGAUAUCUAUUAAGAGGAAUAGACUGAAACAUGUGAUUCAUUAAUUACUUGUAUGAUAACACUAAUAACAUCUGGUGUGAUUGGUAAUAGUAUGAUCAAUUGGGAUCCUUUAAAAUUCUUUUUUGAUAUGCUUUUCACAGUGUUUUUUGGAUUGCUUUUUACCAACAUUGUCCAAGGUAUCAUGAUAGACACUUUUGCAGAAUUGAGAGAUUAAAGACAAAAGAUUGAAGAUGAUAUAAAAAAUAGAUGUUUCAUCUGUGCAGCAUAGAGAGGUGAGUUGGAAAAUAAAAAUUAAUCAUUUGAAUAACACAUUCAAGAAAAACAUUUAAUAUGGAAUUAUGUAUUUUAUGUUAAAUGUUUAUGGUUAAAAGAAUGGACAGAAUAUACAGGAUUAGAGUAUUGGAUAUAUGAAAAAAUAAAAUAGGAUGAUACAAGUUGGUUUCCAGAGUCCGUCAUUGAUGGCAAAAAUAUAACCGAAAGAUUAGAUUAAUUAGAAAAUCUGUUAUCAUAAGUAAUAGUCUAUUAAGAGAAUAAUUCAGGAGGAUGAAUUAUAGUUUUU